AUGCAUGAAGCUUACAUUGUGUAUCCGCCGGAGAAAAUCUCCGUGCAAAUUGAAUCGAUGGCGGGCUUUGAUAACAAACUCAUACUCGGCACGAGACAGGGACACCUGCUGAUGUACUCGUUCGAGACGAAUGCGGAAACAAAUAAGCUCGAUCUACAGUUGCUGCAGUACGAUAAAAACUUUAGCAAAAAACCCAUCACCCAAAUCGAGGUCAUUCCAGAAUAUACGCUGAUGUUCAGUCUGACAGACGGAUUGCUGAACGUGAACGAUUUCAGCCGCCACGGAUUUCCGCUGAUCCAUUCUGCCCUGCGGACAAAGGGAGCGAAUGUGUUCGCGCUGGAUAUCAAGCGAUCCAAAUCUUUAACGAGCGAAAUUAAGAUCGUUUGUCGCGUGUGUGUGGCCGUGAAGCGAAAGCUGCAGUGCUAUUACUGGAAACAGGAUCAACUUCUCACGCUUGAUAGUGAGAUCGAUUUAAACGAUGUCCCGAAGACGGUGGCAUGGAACAACAACUUCAUUUGUGUCGGGUACAAGACGGAGUACGUGUUGUAUGAUAUGUCAGCAGCACAGCCCCGCAAAGUUGAUCUCUUUCCCACGAGUUCGUCCAAAACCAUCGAACCGUGCAUCACGCUGAUCGAGGACAGUGUGUUUGCGGUGGUGAAGGAUGAGUUCUUGAUCACAAUCUACACCGAAAAGUACCGGCUCGAUGAUCGUGAUGGUCCGAACAGUAUGUCCGGCUCGGUGAAACCAACGGAAGCGUUGGCCGUAAAGUCUGAGGCGGACAAACGGUCCAUGAACCUGAAGUCACUGAUCUGGAGUGAACCGUUCCAGUGUCUGGCGUGGGACGAACCGUACGCCGUUGGGCUGAUAAACGAUGCUAUCGAGGUGCGCGUGUUCGAUAACGUCCAGGAGAAGGGUACGUUGAUACAAAGCAUUCCACAGCUGCAAAAGGCAAGGUUUUUGGUGCGCGGCAAACAGGGACUGUUGUACGCGGCUUCGGUUUCACAUUUGUGGUGCAUUCAGGCUGUAGAUAUUUCCAAGCAGAGAGAACACUUGUUGCAAGAGGAGAAUUUUCAGUUGGCCUUAAAAUUGACGCAAAUAUCCGACGAAAGUCCCGAAUUUAAGGCGACCAAGAUAAACGAAAUACGAACCCGGCACGCAUACAAUUUGUUCGUGAACAAACACUUCAGCGAGUCGAUGCAACAGUUUGGAAAGCUCGAUACCGAUCCGAUCGAUGUGAUACGUUUGUUUCCGGAUCUUCUGCCGGACAGUGGCAAAAACAAGCUGAGCCAGUACUCGGACAAAUCGGCACCGGUGCUGGACGAGAAGGAACUGGAAAAUGCAAUUCUCGCCUUGAUCGAAUAUCUUACUGAUAAACGGUUUCCUUUGCGGGUAUUGGGCAGUAAGUCGAAUGCGGAUGGGCCGGUGGACAAAAAUAUGACGGCGCUGCUUGCUAUUAUCGAUACAACGCUGUUGAAAUGCUAUCUGCUAACAAACGAUUCGUUGAUCGCACCCGUGCUCAGGAUGAACCAUUGCUAUCUGGAAGAAUCCGAACGGGUGUUGAAAAAGCACGAAAAGUACGUUGAACUGAUUAUUCUCUAUCAAACCAAGGGUCAACACAAGCGUGCCCUGCAGCUGCUACACACGCAAGCGGAAGUUCCCGGUUCGCCACUGUAUGGGCAUGAUCGUACGGUGCAAUAUCUACAGCAGCUAGGGUCCGAUUUCAAGCAGCUUAUCUUUGAAUUUUCCGGCUGGGUGUUGCAGAACCAUCCCGACGAUGGGCUGAAGGUGUUCACCGAAGAAAUGCCGGAGGUGAAGAAUCUCCCACGAGCAGAAGUGCUCGACUAUCUGCUCAAGGAUCAUCGGACACUGGUAAUCCGCUAUCUGGAGCAUAUUAUUAACGUGUGGAACGAAGAGAAAGCCCUUUUCCAUAACAUUCUUAUUCAGCAGUAUCGCGAAAAGUUAAUCACGCUAAAGAAUGAUAAGGAUAUCGAAAGCGACACCCAAAAGCAAGGGACACUCACGGAAAUACGGGGUAAAUUGUUGACUUUUCUCAAAAAGUCUAAAUACUACCAUGCGGAAAAGGUAUUGGGCGAAUUUCCGUACACCGACAUGUUCGAGGAGCGUGCCAUUAUUUUAGGGCGAUUAGGAAAGCACGAGAAAGCGUUGGCUAUUUUUGUGCAAAUAUUGGGCGAUUUUGAGAAGGGACUCGCUUACUGUGACGACGUGUAUGACGUAAACGAUCCACACAACUGUGACGUGUACGUGACGCUGAUGAAAAUCAUUCUCACACCGCCGACUGCACCUCCGUACAGUGACGUUCCGCUGCAUCCACGCUGCCUCGUACCGGAUCACGAUAUGGUCGUAAACAUACUCGAGAAACAUGCGGAAAAAAUUAACCCCUACACAGCGCUCCAGAUCCUGCCGGACAGUAUUCCAUUGGUGCGCAUUAAGCACUUUCUGGAGAACUCGCUAAAGUUCUACCUCGAGAAGAAACAGCGGGCCCAGGUAUUGAAGGGUUUGUACUAUGCGGAACAUUUGCAAAUAAUGGAGCAGAAGAUGCUGUGCGAAUCGAAACACUUCCUGGUGACCGAUUUGAGCGUGUGCGCCGUUUGUAAAAAAAAGUUUAGUAACCAAAGCGCGUUCGUACGUCUGCCGGAUGGUGUUAUCGUACACUUUUCCUGCCAAGAUCGAAUGUUUAGUUGA